GAUUGGGUUGCUCAAAACGUUGGAUAGUGUUAACCAGUGGUUAAACGUCUUAUCCACUGGCUAACUUUUAACCAAUGGAUAAUUUCUAUUGCUUAAAAGUUAUCCAGUGGAUAAAACGUGCUAUCCGCUGGAUAAAUUUAGCCGGUACUUUUUGGCUGGUUAAGUUUUAGCCAUUGGAUAAAAAUGGCUUUUCGAUUGAUUUACAAUGUUGGCAGACGACAUGAAAAAGAGCGAGUGUAUCGACAUAUGGAACCAGAAUAUGAUGAUAAUGAGUUUAGGGACAGAUUUAGAUUUACUAAGAAUAGUUUGCAGUUUAUUACUGAUUUAAUUGAGCCAAACUUAUGCAGACCAACUUUGAGGUCACAUGCUAUACCAGCUUUCACUCAAGUACAAUUAGCACUUAGAUAUUUUGCUAGUGGUAGCCCAAUGAGGGUAAUAGGGGAUACAAUGGGAUACCAUAUAUCCAGUGUAUCAAGAGCUGUAAGGGACGUAUCCAGUGCAUUAUGUAACAUAUCACAAGAUUUCAUUCAGUGGCCAGAAACGCAACAACAAAAGAACAAAAUUAGAGAUGGUUUCUACGAUGUAGCACACUUCCCUGGUGUUGUUGGGACAAUUGACGGUACACAUGUUAGGAUACAGGCCCCUUCUGGAGAUAAUGAGUACGCGUUUGUGAAUAGAAAAGGUUUCCACUCUAUCAAUGUGCAAGGAGUGUGUGAUCACACAGGAAAAUUUCUAAAUGUUGUCGCCAACUGGCCAGGUUCUUGUCAUGACAGUUUCAUUUUCAAGACAUCAAAUCUUGGUAGAUAUAUGGAAACAAGACAUAGAGGUUACGAUAUGGAUGGCGUCCUACUUGGUGACAGUGGUUACCCGUGCAAGAGAUAUAUUGUAACACCCUAUUUACGUCCAAAUUCCGAAUCACAAGUUCGAUACAACAAAGCACACGUAAAGACAAGGGCUAUUGUAGAAAGGUGUUUUGGAUGGUGGAAGAGGAGGUUUAACAUCCUACAUGGAGAGAUUAGAACAAAACCAGAAAAAGCAGUAAAAAUUAUCACUGCUUGUGCAGUGCUUCAUAACAUUGCGUUAAAAUUAAGGGAACAGAUGGAAGAUGACAAUCAAGAAGUAAAUGAUGUCCCUGUUAUUAGAAAUCAUGUAGAUGAGAGGCGUCAAGUACGGGAACAUAUCACACGAACAUUCUUCUCUUAA